AUGAGGGAUGGCGUUAACCUCCGUGUUGACAUUUUUCGUCCAGACACAGAUGAACCAGUCCCUGCUAUCAUUAUGUGGAGUCCAUAUGGAAAGUCGGGUUCCGGGCCUCUGAACAUUGAUCAGGUUGCAUUGAGAGUCGGUGUCGCGCAGUCGAGACUCUCUGGGUACGAGUCUUUCGAGGGCCUUGACCCUGCGGAAUGGGUAGCAAGAGGUUACGCGAUCAUCAACGCGGAUGUUCGCGGUGCUGGAGACUCUGACGGGAACCUCCGAUGGUGGGGCACAGGCGAGGCCCAAGAUGGAUAUGACCUCAUCGAGGAGAUCGCCGCGCAACCAUGGUGUACUGGACGUGUGGCGUUGGCCGGAAACUCGUGGCUUGCCGUGUCUCAGUGGUUUAUUGCAGGUGAACAGCCACCGCAUCUCACCGCAAUCGCUCCUCUUGAAGGAUUAAGCGAUGUGCUGCGCGAAACUGUCGCACGAGGAGGACCGCCAAAUAUCGGGUUUGUUAAGUUGAUCCAACAGAGCUUGCCUGGCCGCCAACAGCAGGAAGAUAUUGUACAGAUGUUCAAUAAAUACCCACGAUGCAACGCGUAUUGGGAUGACAAACGCGCAGACUUGACCAAAAUCAAGGUGCCUGCCUACAUUUUGGGGAGCUAUUCCACGAACCUCCACACGCUCGGAUCCUUCAGAGGAUUUGAGGAGAUAACACAUGACAAGAAAUGGCAUUGGUAUGAUCUCUACAGCGAGGAGCGUACAGAAGAUCUGGCCAAGUUUUUCGAUUUCUAUUUACGCGAUGUCGAUAACGGCUGGGAGCAGACAGCGCCCGUUCGUUUGUCGACACUAGGAUACAACGUCCCUAAUCAACAGUUUUCUCUGGCGGCUAUUCCCUGGACGCAACCUGAGUCGAAGAAGUUGAAGCUGUAUCUCAAUCCUGACCAGAGCAUGAGUGCAAGUCGUCCGGCAGCCAACCGUUCUUCCACCGAACUGGCAUAUCAGGCAGAUGCUCCUGCAAUGAACCGGGAUGAUGACUCUGGAGAGCUGAUAUUCAAGUACACAUUCGUUGAGAAGACAAUCGUUGCAGGACCAAGCAAGGCAACUCUAUAUCUCUCGGCCGAAAAACAGGACGACCUUGACGUUUACGUUAUGCUUCGCAAGGCGGAUGCAGGAGGGAACCUACUCCAGAGCAUCAAUGAGCCCUUGUCAGACCUUGAAGUGUCGUCGGCCGAGGAGGUGCCGUCUGUCAGUGUGCUCAAGUACUUGGGUCCUCAAGGCAUAUUGCGGGCGUCCAAACGGGCAUUGGCACCGGAGCUGUCAACCCCAUGGAGGCCCACGCUUUCUCACGCUGCUAACAAGACUGUGCCCCAAGGAAGCAUCGUUCCACUCGAGAUCUCGCUUUGGCCUACUGGAAUGAUCUUCGAGAAAGGCGAGACUCUUGUUUUGAAGAUCUCUGGGCAUGAUAUGCGUCUCGCGGAUUUCGAGAUCUUACAAGGGUCGUUCCAGGUCAUUAACGAGGUACCACCGCCCUCAAAACGCCAACGCCGCGAAGAGCUCGAGCGGACCACGACACAAGCCGACGUCUCGGCCAUCCUCCCACCCGACAAUGGCACCUUCAAGGCUCGUUUCGUCGACAGCGACGGCAACCAGAUGACAGAUGUGAUCGAGGUGCCGCUAUCUGACGCCACCGAGAAGAACGUUUCGCUGCUACUCAACACGCUGCUGCAGCGCGACCGCGAAUCCUUCCUGCCCUACCGCUUCCGCGUCCACAUCCCCAACUCGUCCAUCGUCGUCGAUACAUACCCGACCGAUCUGCUGGCCCUACUGCGGUCCCACGGCGUCGCCAACCCCUUCGAGACCACCGUUACCCUCGCCGCCGAGCCCCAAGCCGUCUUCAAGGUCCAGUCCGUAACCCGCCUUGCCGCCAAGAUCCCCGGCCAUGGCCAGGCUAUCCUGUGCGCUCAAUUCUCCCCCGCCUCGAGCUCCCUGCUCGCUACCGGCAGUGGCGACAACACCGCCCGCCUCUGGGACUGCGAGACCGGCACCCCCAAGCACACCCUCAAGGGCCACACCGGCUGGGUGCUGGGCGUGAGCUGGAGCCCGGACGGGUCGCGCCUCGCCACCUGCAGCAUGGACGGCACCGUGAGGAUAUGGGACCCGGCCACGGGGAAACCCCUCGGCGAACCGCUCAAGGGCCACAACAAGCCCGUGCUGCAGCUGGCCUGGGAGCCCUACCACCUGUGGCGCGACGGCACCCCGCGCCUGGCGAGCGCGAGCAAGGACGGCACCGUGCGCGUCUGGAUCGUCAACACAGGGCGCACCGAGCACGUGCUGUCGGGCCACAAGGGCAGCGCGACCUGCUUGCGGUGGGGCGCCGGCGGCGCCGGGACGGGGCUCAUCUACACGGGCAGUCAUGACAAGAGCGUGCGGGUGUGGGACGCCGUCAAGGGCACGCUGGUGCACGAGCUCAAGAGCCACGCCCACUGGGUCAAUCACCUCGCGCUGUCGACCGACUUUGUCCUGCGCACGGGGUACUUCGACCACACGCGCGACGUCCCCGCCACCGAGGAGGGGAAGCGCGCCAAGGCGAAGGAGAGGUUCGAGAAGGCCGCGGGCGCGCAGGGGGGUGGCAAAAUCGUCGAGAAGGUUAUUAGUGCAAGUGACGACUUCACCAUGUUCCUGUGGGACCCGGUCAACGAGGGCAAGAAGCCGCUCGCGCGCAUGCUGGGCCACCAGAAGCAAGUGAACCACGUCACCUUCUCGCCCGAUGGGACGCUGGUUGCCAGCUGUGGGUUCGACAACCACACCAAGCUGUGGUCAGGGCGCGACGGCAAGUUCAUAAACACCCUCCGCGGCCACGUCGCCCACGUCUACCAGUGCGCCUUCUCCGCCGACUCGCGUUUGCUGGUCACCUGCUCGCGCGACAACACCCUCAAGGUCUGGAACGUCCGCUCCUGCAAGCUCGCUGAGGACCUGCCCGGCCACGACGACGAGGUCUACGCCGUCGACUGGAGCCCGGACGGCCAGAAGGUCGGCAGCGGCGGCAAGGACAAGGCAGUACGGCUUUGGAGGAGCUGA